AGUUUAUGUUCUCUCUCUGUUUCUUCUCUUCAUAGCAGCUACACCUGGGCUCAUUUCUGUUUAGCUGUGACCCCUUCCUGGAGGGAAGCUGAGCUACUGCUGCCAACAACAUCAGGUUCCCCUUCAGUGGAUCACACACCUGGAUCCACUCCGGCCACAUGCAGAACAAAGACUGAACUAAACACAGGAACAACAGAGACUGGUGAAACCCCUGAAUCCCAGUAGGCCCAGUAUGAACCCAUCUUCAUGAUCAGCUCCUAGGAAGGAGGCGUUGUCUCUGAAAGCAGCCAAAGACCUGAACUGUGACGUUCAGGAAGUAGCAGAUAAAAAAGCUUAAAGUAGGAAGUGUUCAGAGUUUGGAGCCACAUCCUGAUCACAUCAAGAGACGAAGCUUCACUCCACAUCCAGAGGAAACAUGGACCAAACAGCUCUGAUGCUGCUUCUGUGUCUCUGCAGCUCAGCGCUGUCUGAUGAACUCAGACUGGUAGCAGGAAGGAGUCGCUGUGUUGGCAGACUGGAGAAGAAGGAUCUGGGAGACUGGAAACCAGUGACUGAUUGGAACUGGAACUGGAACUUUACAUCAGCAGCUGGAGCUUGCAGACAGCUCCACUGUGGAUCUGUGGUGUCGUUACAAAGAGAUGAGGACGACAAUGUAGAGAUCAUCUGUUCAGACUCAGUCAGGCUGGUUCAAGGGACCAACCGGUGCUCAGGCAGGCUGGAGGUGAAGACCAACCAGUCGUGGUCCUCAGUGUGUGAAAAAGACUUUGACCUGCAGGAUGCAGAGGUGGUCUGCAGGGAGAUUGGCUGUGGGCCUCCUUCAGUCCACCAGGGGGCGCUCUAUGGAGAAGCAGAGGCUCCAGUGGGGAGCAGAGAGUUCCUGUGUGAAGGCAGUGAGUCUGCUCUGCUGAACUGCAGCAGCAGGAAGAGUUCAGGUAGAAACAGCUGCUCACCUGGUCAAGCUGUUGGACUCACCUGUUCAGAUCAAGACAACAUCAGGUUGGUGGGAGAGGCCAGCCGAUGUGCCGGGAGACUGGAGAUGAUACAUCAAGAAGAGUGGAGACCAGUGGAUGUUAUGGAUAGUUACUGGGACAUGAACUCAGUUGCUACAGUUUGUGCUGACCUGGACUGUGGUUCUGCUGUUUCAGCAAGAAAUUCAAAGGAAGCUUCAGAGAGACCAGUUUGGUGGAUCAGGUCUGACUGUUUCCAGUCAGGAUCUGAAUUAAAGAACUGUUUACCUUCUGAUGAAAUCAGUGAUCAGAGCCAUGAGAUCAUCUGCUCAGACUCAGUCAGGCUGGUUCAAGGGACCAACCGGUGCUCAGGCAGGCUGGAGGUGAAGACCAACCAGUCGUGGUCCUCAGUGUGUGAAAAAGACUUUGACCUGCAGGAUGCAGAGGUGGUCUGCAGGGAGAUUAGCUGUGGGCCUCCUUCAGUCCACCAGGGGGCGCUCUAUGGAGAAGCAGAGGCUCCAGUGGGGAGCAGAGAGUUCCUGUGUGAAGGCAGUGAGUCUGCUCUGCUGAACUGCAGCAGCAGGAAGAGUUCAGGUAGAAACAGCUGCUCACCUGGUCAAGCUGUUGGACUCACCUGUUCAGAUCAAGACAACAUCAGGUUGGUGGGAGAGGCCAGCCGAUGUGCCGGGAGACUGGAGAUGAUACAUCAAGAAGAGUGGAGACCAGUGGAUGUUAUGGAUAGUUACUGGAACAUGAACUCAGUUGCUACAGUUUGUGCUGAACUGGACUGUGGUUCUGCUGUUUCAGCAAGAAAGUCAAAGGAAGCUUCAAGGAGACCAGUUUGGUGGAUCAGGUCUGACUGUUUCCAGUCAGGAUCUGAAUUAAAGAACUGUUUACCUUAUGAUGAAAACAGUGAUCAGAGCCAUGAGAUCAUCUGCUCAGACUCAGUCAGGCUGGUUCAAGGGACCAACCGGUGCUCAGGCAGACUGGAGGUGAAGACCAACCAGUCGUGGUCCUCAGUGUGUGAAAAAGACUUUGACCUGCAGGAUGCAGAGGUGGUCUGCAGGGAGAUUAGCUGUGGGCCUCCUUCAGUCCACCAGGGGGCGCUCUAUGGAGAAGCAGAGGCUCCAGUGGGGAGCAGAGAGUUCCUGUGUGAAGGCAGUGAGUCUGCUCUGCUGAACUGCAGCAGCAGGAAGAGUUCAGGUAGAAACAGCUGCUCACCUGGUCAAGCUGUUGGACUCACCUGUUCAGAUCAAGACAACAUCAGGUUGGUGGGAGAGGCCAACCGAUGUGCCGGGAGACUGGAGAUGUUACAUCAAAAAGAGUGGAGACCAGUGGAUGUUAUGGAUAGUUACUGGAACAUGAACUCAGUUGCUGCAGUUUGUGCUGAACUGGACUGUGGUUCUGCUGUUUCAGCAAGAAAUUCAAAGGAAGCUUCAUGGAGACCAGUUUGGAGGAUCAGGUCUGACUGUUUCCAGUCAGGAUCUGAAUUAAAGAACUGUUUACCUUAUGAUGGAAACAGUGAUCAGAGCCUUGAGAUCAUCUGCUCAGGUAACUCUGAACUCUCAUAUUUAUUUCUUUUAAAAUGUUUCUUCCAUCAGGUUCCAGAUGUCUGCAGAGAAACCGUCACCUUUAACUAAGAACCUGAAACCUUGAGGAGAGGGAAAC